AUGGUAGCAGUGUCGGGGAUCGAGGAGGGGAUGUAUUACCCUCAUUCUCUCUCUCUCUCUCUCUCUCUCUCUCUCUCUCUCUCUCUCUCUCUCUCUCCGAACCACCUUCUGCCGGUCCUUCUCGUCCUCCACCGUCGACUCGCGCCGCUCAAGCUUCCGCGACUACGGGGAGGGGCUGCGGUGGAUGCGGUCGGCGCCAAGAAGCAGAAGCUCAAGACCCCCGUCCAUAAGGGCGGCGGCACCAACCCCAAGUGGAACCACUCCCUCAAGUUUACGCUCGAUGACGACGCUCUCAAUCAGGACCGCCUGAAAGUCGAGAUCAAGCUCGUCUCCAACCGCAUCCUCCGCAACACCAAGAUCGGAAAAAUUAUUAUUCCGGCAAAGGAGCUGCUUCAGGAUUCGGGCGAAGGCGUGAGCUACCAGCUUGUGACUCGCAAAGGAAGAUCCAAAGGCAGCGUCAUUUUCAGGUCCGAGUUGGGCGAGAAAUACUGGGUUGAGCCCGAGCCUGUUGUGCAGCAGCCACAGAAGCCCGUUGGAGGAGGAGGAGGAGGUGACGUGGUGCUUGGUUUGUUGGGUGGACUACUGUUGGGUGGUUUGGCGAUCGGAGCGAUGGUUUCUGAUGAGGGUAAUGAUGAGCCGAGCAAUGUGUUUGAUUUCUAGAAACUCUCUAAAAAACUUCGGUUUUAAAUUUGUUAUUUUCGUUUUAAAUUGGGUACUAGUAGUUCAGCGUUUAUAACUGUAAAUGGAAGUCUAAAACUAUCAUGCAUGGUUAUAGUUGUCUUCAAGCAAAAAUGUUCAAAGAAAAAAACUUGUCUUUAGCAAUUUGCUAAUGGACCAACCUUGGCUUUUUGGAAUUGUUCUCUUAUAGUUGUUUUCGAUUUUUCAUAUUAUUUCGCU